AUGCUGCGUUCCUUCAGUUACCUGACUGAUCACACUGGCUUCUGUGGUACUAUCAAAAGCUCAGCAAGUGACUUCGUAGUGACAGAAAUCGAGGUGCCUGAACAUGUACUUAGGGAUACCCGGGCUGAAUCACAUCAGAAAACCAGCGAAGAGCUGCUAGAACAAAGUAUCCCGUGCCUGCAGCAACCCAAAAAGCUGAGAAUGGAGUCUCCCGGUCCGUGUGCUGAGGGCUGUCGCAGUGGUGUGCCCAGUCCCUCGGAGCGUGGCCCAAGCCGGGCAGGAGGCAACUGUUCUGCAUCCCCUAACAAAAACCAGCGUGAGGGUGCGCCUGAACUGAAAUCCGGCCUUGAGGAAACCUGCAUACUCGAUUCCUUACUGGGCAAACCCAUGAGUGAACAGCUUAAUAAAUUUGCUUGUGAUCUGAAGGAUGCGUGGGACUUAGACAAUAACGCCAAUGCUGGCACUAGGGAGUUCUCGCUGGGAGCUAUACUGGACAAGAAAAAACGAGCUGAUUUACAUGGUGCUGUUAGGCAGAAAUUCCCCUUUCUAGUCACUGUUACGAAAGACAAUGAAAUGAUUGUAAAAGGAAAUGCUGAUUACAGAGAACUUUGUCAGUUAGUGACCGAAAAGGAAACAAGUGAUUUCUUUAAAUUUUUAGAUGCAAAGCUAGAAAAUUCUACGUUUGCUUUUGAGCCUGAUGGAAACAAAGAGCACAGAAAAGUAGUUCACCACUUUGUCAAUAGAAAAUUUGGAAAACUUUUAGAAACAAAGUCUUUCACUGUGACAGAUGUCAAUGAUCAGCCAAAUAUGUCAAUAAUGGUACGAUUUCGAGAAAAAAGUUGGUCCAGAAAAAGGUCUGCUGGUGGUUUCCAGGAAAAACAAGAUCUUUAUACAGCUUUCACCCUUCAGAAAGAAAAUCUAGAAACACUAGAAGCAAUCGGCUUCUUGGCUGCUGAACUUGGUGUUCUUCCUUCAGACUUCAGUUACACUGGCAUCAAAGAUAAGAAGGCUAUUACUUACCAGCCUAUGGUUGUGAAGAAGGUGACUCCUGAGAGGUUGAAAGAAAUUGGAAGCAAAAUGGAAAAAAAGGGUAUGAGAAUACACAACAUACACUCAGCAUGCCAGCACCUUAGACUUGGUCAGCUGAAGGGCAAUCACUUCGAUAUAGUUGUGAGAGAUCUCAAACCCCACAGUCAUGACUCUUCUGCAGAUUUGAAAGAGAGAAUAUCUGAAGCAAUGGAAAAUGUUGAGACAAAAGGUUUUGUAAAUUACUACGGACCUCAGCGAUUUGGACAAGGACAGAAUGUUCAGACAGAUCAAAUAGGAUUGGCUUUACUGAAUGAAAAAAUGGUGAAUGCUGUGAAGUUAUUCUUCACACCCGAAGACACCGAUGACCCUGUAAACAACGCAAAAAGAUACUUUAUUCAAACUGAAGAUGCAAAGGGUGCACUUGUGAUGAUGCCAGAAUUUAAAGUGAGAGAGAAGAUGUUGCUACGAGCUUUAAAUCGCUAUGGUGUAAAUCAUGAAGGUUGUACCAAAGGAUGGCUCAAUAUUCCUCAUUCCAUGCGCAUAUUCUAUGUCCAUGCUUAUUGCAGUAAAAUUUGGAAUGAAGCAGCAUCAUAUAGGCUGAGGAUUUAUGGUUCAAAAGUUGUUGAGGGUGAUCUUGUCCUCUCAGAAGAAAAUGGUGAAAGUGUUUCCCUGAAUGACAAGGUUCAUGUAGUCACUGCUGCAGAAGAGUCAGCUAGCAAAUACUCUAUAAAUCAAGUGGUUCUUCCAAUGGUGGGACACAGUAUCCAGUAUCCCAGUAAUAAAGUUGGACAAUGGUACCAUGAAAGGCUUUCUAAGGAUGAGCUGCAGAUGUGCAAAUUCAGAGUGUCUCCAUUACAGCUGAAUAUACCUGGAUGCUACAGACUCAUUUUGAAAAAUGUUCAGAAUCUGUCAUAUUUUUUGGAAGGUAGUGAAAAAGGAAUCAAAAUUGAAGACAACCAUCUGAAUGAAUCAAAAGUCUCUCUUCAUUUAUCAUUUGACCUUGAUCCUUCAUGUUAUGCAACAGUCUGCCUGAGAGAAAUAAUGAAAUGUGACUUUUAAGAUUCCAGUUAAUGAAAGAUUGCAGGAAUAUUAUACAAUGGUGAUAUUUUAUGUAUAAUGCCAAGA